AUGGACUUCAUCUCCAAGAAUACGUCGCCCAUUAUCCAAAAAUUCCAGUCUCCUGGAAUUGUGGCAAUCUUUGGCAGCGAUAUCUCGAUUUGGAUGGUCUUGUUGACGGUGCUCAUCACGGCCGUCGUCUAUGAUCAGUUCAAAUACAUUCGACUGAAGGGCACCAUCGCUGGUCCAUCAUGGAAGAUCCCCUUUAUGGGCCCAUUCCUUGAGUCCAUGGAUCCCAAAUUAGAGGGAUAUAUGGCCAAGUGGAGGAGCGGCGAACUGAGCUGCGUGUCGAUUUUCCAUAAAUUCGUCGUUAUCGCUUCGACACGCGAGAUGUCCUGCAAGAUUUUCAACUCCCCGAUGUUCGUGAAGCCUUGUGUUGUGGACUCGGCGCAUAAGCUUCUAGGGAAAGAUAACUGGGUGUUUCUGGACGGCAAAGAGCACGUGGACUUUCGCAAAGGCUUGAACCUGCUGUUCACCCGUUCUGCCUUGGCCUGCUAUCUCCCGCGUCAAGAAGAGGUAUUCGAUAUGUACUUUGAGCGUUUUGUCGCGCGGUCAGCGGCAAACAACUACAAACCUCUUCCGUGGAUGCCCGAGUUUCGCAAGCUCAUGUGUACUAUAUCCUGUCGCACAUUUGUUGGCCACUACAUCUCGGAGAGCGCACUCGAUAAGAUCGCUCAUGAUUACUACCUCAUCACUGCCGCGCUAGAACUGGUCAACUUCCCAAUCGUUCUUCCAUUCACCAAAAGCUGGUACGGCAAACGCGCAGCGGACAUGGUUCUUCGGGAAUUUUCCCAGUGCGCGGCCAAGAGCAAGUUGCACAUCGCCAGCGGCGGAGAAAUCACCUGCAUCAUGGAUGCGUGGGUGAAAGCUCAGCUGGACUCGGCCGCAUACCGGAAGAAUGUCGCUGCAGGGAUCCCAUGUGAGAAACCCUCUCACUUGCUACGCGACUUUACCGACUACGAGAUUGCACAGACGGUAUUCACGCUCUUGUUCGCAUCGCAAGAUGCCAACAGCUCUGCCAUUACCUGGCUUUUCCAGAUUAUGGCGGACCGCCCCGAUGUCCUCGAUAAACUUCGCGAGGAGAAUCUCCGAGCUCGCAAUGGUGAUUGCAAUGCGCGGUUGUCGAUGGAGCUGUUCGAUAAGCUGCCAUACACGCGCGCUGUCGUGCGAGAGACCCUGCGCUACCGCCCGCCAGUGAUCCUGGUCCCGUAUAUUGCGAAGAAAGACUUUCCCAUCACUGAGAAGUACACGAUUGCCAAAGGAUCAAUGGUCCUCCCAUCUAUCUGGCCCGCUACACACGAUGCCGAAGCCUACCCGAACCCCGAUUCAUUCGAUCCAGAUCGAUGGAUCACCGGGACAGCUGAACAGCACCCGAAAAACUUCUUGGUCUUUGGAACCGGACCGCAUUACUGUUUGGGACAGACCUAUGUCCAGAUGAAUCUGAUGGCCAUCAUCGGCAAGGCAAGUUUGGCGUUAGAUUGGAAGCACCAUAUUACCCCUGAUUCGGAGCAGAUUAAAGUCUUUGCUACUAUAUUUCCCCAGGAUGACUGUCUUCUGACCUUCCGCCGUCAGCCUGGAAGUUGA